AUGCCUCUCAAUGCUAGAGGCUUCAUGGGGUACAGGGGGGAAGGGGCAAACUACAAACAUAAAAUUGCACGUCUUGGAUUGUUCCCAGGACAUAGAACAGGGCCUGCAUACAGCGGUCAAGAGCAAAUAAACUUUGAUGGAUCCUUGCAGUUACAAAGGCUCACCCAGAAUGACACAGGAAUCUACAUAGUACUACUCUACAUUCCCAGCAUACUAAAAGAAAUAGGAUUUGAACGGCUCAAUGUAUAUGAGCCACUGAUAUUGCCCACCCUCCUAGCCAGCAACACAACAGUCACGGAGCAUAAGGAUUCUGUGGUCCUCACCUGCCACACAAAUGCAGUCUCCAUCCAGUGGUUCUUCAAUGGCAUGAAUCUGUGGCUGACGGAGCGGAUGAAGCUGUCCUGGAACGACAGAACCCUCACCAUAGACCCCGUCAGGAGGGAGGAUGCUGGGAAGUACCACUGUGUAGCAUCCAACCCCAUCGUUACCGCUGCAAAGCGAUUGAGAGCGCCCACCCUCCUAGCCAGCAACACCACAGUCAUGGAGCAUAAGGAUUCCGUGGUCCUGAUCUGUGGCACAAAUGCAGUCUCCAUCCAGUGGUUCUUCAAUGGCAUGACUCUGUGGCUGACGGAGCGGAUGAAGCUGUCCUGGAACGACAGAAUCCUCACCAUAGACCCCAUCAGGAGGGAGGAUGCUGGGAAUUACCAGUGUGAAGUGUCCAACCCCAUCAGUUCCGCUGAAAAGCUCACAAGAGUGCCCACCCUACUAGAGAGCAACAUCACAGUCACAGGACAUGAGAAUACUGUGGUCCUGAACUGCUACUCAACUGUGAUCCUCACCCAGUGGUUCUUCAAUAACAUGGGUCUGUAA